AGAACCUCCAUGAUGGACAGAGUUUAUGAAAUUCCUGAGGAGCCAAACGUGGAUCCGGUACCACCUCUGGAGGAAGAUGUCAUCCGUGGACCAAACCCACGCUUUACCUUUCCAUUUAGUAUCCUCUUCUCCACCUUUUUGUACUGUGGGGAGGCUGCUUCUGCCUUGUAUAUGGUUAGAAUUUAUCGAAAGAAUAAUGAAACCUUUUGGAUGACAUAUACCUUUUCCUUCUUUAUGUUUUCAUCCAUUAUGGUCCAGUUGACCCUCAUUUUUGUCCACAGAGACCUGGCCAAAGAUAAACCACUAUCAUUAUUUAUGCAUCUAAUCCUCUUGGGACCUGUUAUCAGAUGUUUGGAGGCCAUGAUUAAAUACCUUACACUGUGGAAGAAAGAGGGGCAGGAGGAGCCCUAUGUCAGCCUCACCCGAAAGAAGAUGCUAAUAGAUGGCGAGGAGGUCCUGAUAGAAUGGGAGGUGGGCCACUCCAUCCGGACCCUGGCCAUGCACCGCAAUGCCUACAAACGUAUGUCACAGAUCCAAGCCUUCCUGGGCUCAGUGCCCCAGCUGACCUAUCAGCUCUAUGUGACCUUGAUCUCUGCAGAGGUACCUCUGAGUAGAGCUGUACUAAUGGUCUUUUCCCUGAUAUCUGUCACCUAUGGGGCUACCCUUUGCAACAUGUUGGCUAUCCAGAUCAAGUAUGAUGAUUACAAGAUUCGGCUUGGGCCACUGGAAGUCCUUUGCAUCACCAUCUGGAGGACAUUAGAGAUCACUUCCCGCCUCAUGAUUCUGGUGCUCUUCUCAGCCACUUUGAAGUUAAAAGCUGUUCCCUUCUUAGUGCUGAACUUCCUGAUCAUCCUCUUUGAGCCUUGGGUUAAAUUCUGGAGGAGUGGUGCCCAGAUGCCAAACAAUAUUGAGAAAAAUUUCAGCCGUGUCGGCACUCUGGUGGUGUUGAUUUCAGUCACCAUCCUCUAUGCUGGCAUUAACUUCUCUUGCUGGUCAGCCUUGCAGUUGAGACUGGCAGACAGAGAUCUUGUUGACAAAGGUCAAAACUGGGGACAUAUGGGCCUGCACUAUAGUGUGCGGUUGGUAGAGAAUGUGAUCAUGGUCUUGGUUUUUAAGUUCUUUGGAGUCAAAGUGUUACUGAAUUACUGUCAUUCCUUGAUUGCCUUGCAGCUUAUCAUUGCGUAUCUUAUUUCCAUUGGCUUCAUGCUCCUGUUUUUCCAGUAUUUGCACCCAUUGCGCUCACUCUUCACCCAUAAUGUAGUGGACUACCUCCACUGUGUCUGCUGCCACCGGCACCAUCAAGGAAGGUCUGAAAAUUCAGAGCCAUCCUGUGAGACUGAAACAAGACAAAGUAUGGUCUGA